UCACCCGGAAGAGCACGGUAUUCAUCUUCCAGCUGACUGGGAUGGAUCGAUAAAUCAAGAUAAGAGAUAACUAGCAUCCACCCUUUUAGCAGAUUACAUGGGUGAAGUCAAUAAAUUGAGGAUUUCUCCUUUAUAAUUUGCAUUAAAUUCCCCUUGAAGGCGAUUGAACCAGACAUCACGAUUGGAUGAAUAUCAUUAUCCUUUGCAGGUGUCUCAGGCAGAGUGGAUCCAGCUAGCUGGGGCUGAUGACCGGUGGUCUGACAAGAACAUUAGAAGAUCGAUUUCCAGAGAGAGAGAGAGACUAGGAGGAACCAUGGCUAAUAAGGUGAAAUGGGUGACCGACAUUGAGAAAUCCGUACUCAUCAACAACUUUGAGAAGCGAGGAUGGACUCAGGUCACAGAGAACGAGGACUGGAACUUCUACUGGAUGAGCGUCCAGACCAUCCGGAACGUGUUCAGUGUGGACACGGGUUACCGUCUCUCGGACGAGCAGAUGGUCAACCACUUCCCCAACCACUACGAGCUGACCAGGAAGGACCUGAUGAUCAAGAACAUCAAACGCUACCGCAAAGAUAUGGAGAAGGAGGGAAGCCCGCUGGCAGAGAAAGACGAAAACGGGAAAUACCUUUAUUUAGACUUUGUGCCGGUGACGUUCAUGCUUCCGGCAGAUUAUAAUCUGUUUGUGGAGGAGUUCCGUAAGAGUCCUUCCAGCACGUGGAUAAUGAAGCCGUGUGGGAAGGCUCAGGGAAAAGGCAUUUUCCUCAUCAACAAACUUUCCCAGAUCAAGAAGUGGUCUCGAGACAGCCGUACCUCCACGUUUGUAGCGGCCUCAAGUGGCAAGGAGGCCUAUGUCAUCUCUCUGUACAUCGACAACCCACUGCUGAUCGGAGGCAAGAAGUUUGACCUGCGUCUCUAUGUGUUGGUUACCACCUAUCGACCUCUCAAGUGUUACAUGUAUAAACUGGGUUUCUGCCGGUUUUGCACAGUGAAGUACACCCCCAGCACUAGUGAACUGGACAACAUGUUUGUGCACCUGACCAAUGUGGCCAUUCAGAGACAUGGGGAUGACUAUAACCAUGUCCACGGUGGGAAGUGGACGGUCAGUAACCUGCGUCUGUACCUGGAGAGCACCAGGGGGAAGGAGGUGACCAGCCGACUGUUUGACCAGAUCCACUGGAUCAUGGUGCAGUCCCUAAAGGCUGUCGCUCCCGUCAUGAACAAUGAUAAACAUUGCUUUGAGUGUUAUGGAUAUGACAUCAUCAUCGAUGACAAGCUGAAGCCAUGGCUCAUUGAGGUUAACGCUUCUCCGUCGCUCACCUCCAGCACAGCCAACGACCGGAUCCUGAAGUACAAUCUGAUCAAUGACACUCUCAACAUCGUCACACCCAACGGGGACAUCCCCGACUGCCGCUGGAACCGCAGCCCACCCCGAGAGGCCCUGGGCAACUACCAAGUCCUGGUUAUUGUCUUGCUUGAAGAUCCACUUGCGGCCAAAUUUCGGCCUCCUGGCAGAGGCAACCAUGUUUUUGUCAAUAAUAUCCUGAUACUGGGUCAAGUUCAUGAUGCCGUUGACAUUAACAAGGACCCCACGACCAGUGGAAGCAAAAUAGCCCCAUAAGAUAAACCACCAAACUUUACAGUACGACGAGGAGCAGGCGCUGAGCGAGAAUGCAGAACGCGACCUACGGAGUCGCUCAGGCCAAUCGCUGGGGUCUAAGGGAACGGCGAAGGGGGGCACCGGGCCUCGCCCAGCUGCCGCCACCUGGAAGUGAGGUGGCAAUGUCCAACGCCUCACUGUCCCUUCACUGAUCUCUCAGUGACCUCUCGUUGCUCUUCCUGUGUCAUUCAUGGGGUAAAGGGGGUCGGGGGCAAGGGACGACCCAAACAGAGGGAUGGAAGGAUGACAGGGAGGGAGAGGACCCAGUAAGCUCUGAGGACCCUGCCAUGCAUCACAAGCAAGGACACGUGUGUGUCUGUAAAGAAAGGGUCACACACACUCACGUUUAUCAGAAGCUCUGUAUAAUACACUAAAUAAUAUCAUUUAUCAACCUUUUAUAUAGCAAUGGGAAGGGGACGUUCUCAGAUGACUGUUAGAGGAUUUCAAUCAAUGCACCUGUUUCAAUAAUGUUUACAUAUAUUGUCUUGGAAUUGUUUUAAUUGGAUGUUUUUUAUGUUUUCAAGCAGAAUAUUUGCUAGGUUAAGACACAUUGACGUGUGUAAUUAUUCUGUUCAUGUCUGAAAACUGACAGGUUUCACCUCUUUAUUCUGAAAUGCAUGACCCGAAAAGCAUUUGCUAUAUGUUGACUGUAUAAAACAUAGUGUAAUGGACAAUGCUAACAACAAACGAAAGUGAGCUUUGAAGCGUUUGCUUUUCAAGCCACUGGAGUAGGCUAUAAGGCUACAGUAUGCAUAGGACAGUCAACGUUUUGAAAUUACUUUUAUAAAACUGAGAGACUUGUUCAAUGUUUGGUUAUACAACUUUACUUUUGAGUUGUUACUCAUAAGUUCAACUUUGGGAUAAAGAAAUGCUUUCACAGUUAAAUAUCUGGAUAUAAAGUGAAGAGGUGAGCUCUUCAAACGUUGAAGUACCUUUAAUUUUUGUUGUGGAUGACAUUGCCAUGCCAACAAAUAUUUUCCUGUGGUGUGACCUUGGAGGGGUGACCUCGAAACCAGGGUUGUGUCCCAAAGGGCACCCUAUUACCUAUGGGCCCUGGUUAAAAGUAGUGCACUAUAUAGGGAAUAGGGUGCCAUUUGAGACAUUGACCAGCACACCCUUGGUCUGCCUGUGUGUUUAAGAUAAUCCCAUUCUGGUCACAGUGUGUGGUCACCUCAAGCGGUUGGCAUACAAGAGACUAAAGCUGAAGCUGACUAAAGCUGAAGUGGCUCCUGAGCUACAACAGACUGAACCAUCUGAUUGUGUGAAAGUGAACAUGAUGUAAUAACCCAUAGAGUAUCUUUAUUCAUUUCUUAUAUACAGUACCAUACAUCCCACCCCACCUCACUGUGGUCCCCAGAGUUGUUAAAGGGAUAGUUCACCCAAAGGAAACCAAUAUGUCAUUUGGGUGAAUGAUCACUUUAACAGUCACCAUUAGAUUUAGCCUUUAAUGAUGUGGACUUUUUUGUAUAGAAGACUGUACCAUGUUUUAUAUAUACUAAUAUGGUGCUGCUGCCUUUGUCUUACAGAUGGAUUUAGUACACAAUGAAAUAUACACUGUUACAUUAAAAUAACGUAUGUACUUUUGACACUAUUUGGUUAUGCAUUUCAUGUCAUCCUUUUACCCUCAUUCUUUGUUGCAUAGAGGUAGUUGCAAUUAUAUAUUUUUUAUAUACAUGUACUGAAUAUAGGAAUUAUAAACAUGCAAUGUUUUUGGUUUUUAAAUGUAUUAAUAAUUCCUGGUGCCUCAAAUGUCUGCAUGUAAUAAAUCCAAUUAAACAAUG